AUGGGUGGUCAUCGAGGUAUUCGCGAUACAGAGGUCUCGGCAGCGAGACAGUCAUCCGAUCACUUUGAUACCGAGACUUACACUUCAUCUAACCAUUUUCCCGGUGCCAUUCAAAUCCUCGCUGGACUUACGCUCAGUGACACCUGGUCACCAGAUGCGGACGAAGAUGGUGUAACGAGUGGAUCUCUGUACCUCACAGAUGAUUUCUGGGCCGAACCAUCGACAGUGAGUUGCAACUACCCAUACACACUGGUCUUUUCCCAGGUCACGGCGACGACGACGUGGGAAUCCCGGCCAUUUGUAAAUACGACGGGCAGCACGACCACUACUAUCGACCCCCCGCCUUACACGACGGAGCUUGUCCGGAUAUCCAAAACGACGGUGGUCAGCAAGCAGGUAUCCGAAGCUAAUAAUACUAUCGAGCCGAAGCCUGCCCAAGGCCCUACGUGUAUCCCCAUAAACCUCAUCCUCUUUACCAUCCAGAUAUUCCCACCAUCGCUGGACCCAUUCUCGAUUCACAAUCCCCAAAUCAUAAUUGGUCCUGUACUCCCAGGAAGCAAGCCAGGCUCAGCGACGAAAGACGGCCAGCCCAUGCCAGAGGAAGAAUAG